AUGACCGUGAAUCGCCUCUAUACGGUAGAAAUACGGAGAGGUGUUUACAUUAACGAAAAUUUACUCAAUAUAAAUGGAAAAAAUCCUGGUGAUUAUGGACGACGAUUGCUACGUGUAUUAUAUACUCAAGAUCAAAUAAAAACAUGUAUGUUACCGUCGACGGUCGUUUCUGAUAUGACUUCUAAUACUAAAACGGCGACGCCUUCAGUAGCUUCCGAAGAUGUUUAUGGAGAGAAAUGGGAUCGUUGUGUAACAGAUACACUUGUUAAAGCAGGUCGACCAUGGCCUGUACUGUUAGGAACUGGUAUUGGAAUCGGCAUGGGUUAUAGUAAUUGUCAAAAUGAUUUUCGUUCUCCAUAUUUAUAUGGAAGAACACUCAAUGAAAAACAAACUGUAAAAUUACCGACAAAAUCAUCAACGUGA